CAGAUUCAGACAACGGGAACAAACAAAAAUUGAUUAUUAUGAGGUAGAUCAACACCAACAAGGAGACUAGAAAAUGGAAAUGCAAUCCACCAUAUAUGUCAAAACAACCCCAUCAAUAGUAUAAAUGGUUAAAAUAAACAAGGCCCUUUCUCUCUAUAAAAGCAAGCUGGCAAUCAAGUAUAGAUACACCAACAGUUGAUAGUAACUCCCAAGAAAACUUCACCAAGUAAUCAUGGCAAAACCUCAUGUUGUGGUGAUACCUUACCCUGCACAAGGCCAUGUAAUUCCUAUCUUGGAGCUUGCUCAACGAUUAGUCCAGCAAGGAAUCAGAGUUACAUUUGUCAAUACAGAGUUUAACCACAAGCUCGUGACCAGCAAUUGGUUAGACAAAGACAGUUUUGGGGGUGUGAUGCAGAUGGUCCCUAUCUCUGAUGGUUUAGAACCAUGGGAGGACAGGAGUGACCUUUGUAAGUUGACCUUGUCAAUAAUGCAAACCAUGCCCCACAAGCUUGAAGAACUAAUAGAGACCAUUAACAAAGAAGAGAGCAGUAAAGUUAGUUGUGUUAUUGCUGAUGAUUGUAUGGCAUGGGCCAUACAAGUGGCGAAGAAGAUGGGAAUUGGUAGUGCAGCCUUCUGGCCUGCCUCAGUUGCUACAUUGGCCUCCAUUUUCUCCUUUCAAAAACUAAUUGAUGAUGGCAUUAUAAACGAAAAAGGCAUACCUCUAAAAGAUCAUACAAUUCAGCUAUCAGAAGCCAUGCCUCCUAUAAAAUCUGAGAACCUCGCAUGGGCGUGCUUUAUGGACGUGGCUACCAUAGAAGCCAGCUUCCAGCUUGUAAAAGAAGCUGAAGAGGCUUAUAGAUUGACAGAAUGGUUUAUAUGCAACUCAACUACUGACCUGGAGGCUGCAGCAUUUAGCAUGUACUCGCAGUUGAGGCCAAUAGGCCCUCUUCUGGCAAGCAACCGACUUGCUGACCAGGCAGGCCACUUCUGGCAAGAGGACCCAACCUGUUUAACAUGGCUUGAUCAACAACAACCAUGUUCAGUCAUUUAUAUUGCAUUUGGGAGCUUCACUAUUUUCGACCAAACUCAGUUUGAGGAAUUGGCACUUGGUCUUGAACUUAGCAACAGACCAUUCUUGUGGGUGGUGAGACCAGGUAUGACCAAGGAGACUACAACUAGUUAUCCAGAUGGAUAUACGGAAAGAGUAGGCUCUCGAGGAAGAAUUGUGAGUUGGGCACCACAACAGAAAGUCCUAGCUCACCCUUCAGUAGCAUGCUUCAUGAGUCACUGUGGUUGGAACUCUACUUUAGAAGGUGUCACAAACGGACUUCCUUUUCUGUGUUGGCCAUACUUUGCUGAUCAGUUUCACAAUGAGACUUACAUUUGUGACAUGUGGAAGACUGGGUUAAGGAUGGCAAAGGAUGACACUGGUAUCAUUACUCGAGGAGAAAUAAAAAGUAAGUUGGAGGAGUUGCUUAGCGGUGAAACAUACAAACUUAAGGCUUUGGAUAUUAAAGAAAAGGUUACAAGUAGCGUCAUAGAAGGGGGUUGCUCACACAAAAACCUUAGCAAUUUUAUUGAAUGGGUUAAAGAGAGAUGAAGAUAAUUAUCAUAUGCAAUAUGCCAUAUUACUAUUAAAUAAAAUCACAUCAUCAAACCUAAAAAACUCUUUAUUCUCUUGUUAAGUGAUAAUCAGUUCAGUUUAAUGCCCUGAAAUUUCUACCACAAUAUGUUUCAAUUUAUGUAUUUAUAAGGUGCAGUGCUGCUUUAAGAACGUGGUCUACUGUGGGAUGAUGUAUCAUUUUCCUAUUUCUGGAUGUCUUUAUUUGGUUUAAUGAA